UCAGGUCCAGGGUUGCUGCUUGAAAUGUUUGCAUUCAGAAUCACGUUUUGGCUUCUCGCCUUUAUCUCUUAUGCCUAUGCUGAGGAGAUAGAAGAAGACAACCUCUCUGUUUCCGAGAGGCUUGAAAGAGCAAAUAGUAAUAUCGUGCGUGGAGCAGAUGAACCCUUUGUAGUGGAUGACAUUGCCUAUGAAUCUGAGUCAGUGAGGAAUGCUGACCCCUGUACCUCCAGAGGCUGCAUGUGGCCAAAAUCCUCUGAUGGGAAAGUCUAUGUGCCCUAUGUGAUCGCAAAUCAUUACACCUCUCGAGAGCUGUCCAUCAUUCAGCGUGGUCUCGACUCCUUUUCCAGUUCUACCUGCAUCCGUUUUGUUCGCAGAAAUAACCAGAGAGAAUAUCUCUCUAUCCAGUCUCACAAUGGGUGUUACUCCUAUGUGGGUCGUCUUGGCAAUGGUCAGACCUUGUCUCUGAGUCGUCAGGGCUGCAUCUACCACAACACUGUCCAGCACGAGCUGCUGCACGCCCUGGGCUUCAAACACGAGCAAUGUCGCAGUGACCGGGACCAGUACAUCCGAGUCCUUCUGCAGAAUGUGCAAUCUGGCCUAGAGUAUGCGUUUGACAAGAUUGCCACCUUGAACCAGGGCACCCCGUAUGACUACAACUCUGUGAUGCAAUACCACAAGUAUGCCUUCUCUAAGAAUAACCAGCCCACCAUGGAACCGUAUCCUGACCCAAAUGUGCCGUUUGGAACAGCCACUGAAAUGAGCAAGAAUGAUAUCCUUAGAGUGAACAGGCUCUACAAGUGUUAACGAACCAGAAAAAUGUCCUUCAGUCCAUCAGUCCUGUCCUUCAGACUCGGCCACUGUUUCCAAAAUAAAACCGGCCUGUGAAA